GCUGUCACAGUGUCAGCAUCAGCCAUCACGCUACCUCAGACUCAGGUGUGGAUAGUCGGAUUGAUUCUCUAUAAAAGAAGGUGGUUUUCUCCUGAAAGCUCUUUUACGGUUUGUUUGCCUCCAGUUACAAUUUUUUCAUUCCCUGCCUUCGCAUCGCGCUCCGACAGGACAAAGUCAUGAACACCUUGGGGUACGUCUCGGUCUGUAUGCUCCUCGCUAUGGGGGCUUGCUUGUCAGGAGCGCUCGAGAAUGGCUUGAUCCGGACGCCACCAAUGGGCUGGUCAACGUGGAACAAAUUCCACUGCGGAAUCAACGAGACGCUAAUCAAGGAAAUGGCUGAUGCGCUAGCCAGCUCGGGACUCUCCAAGGCCGGCUAUGUGUAUGUGAAUCUGGACGACUGCUGGAUGGCUGCGGAGCGCAACUCUACAGGUUAUCUGCAAGCUGAUGCCACUACAUUCCCAAGUGGCAUGAAAGCAUUGGGCGACUACAUUCAUGGAAAAGGCCUGAAGUAUGGUUUAUACGGGGAUCCGGGUACAAUGACAUGUCAGCGACGGGCUGGGAAUGAGAACCAUGAGAAAAUUGACGCAUUGACAUACGCCGAGUAUGGUGCAGAUUACUUCAAGUACGACUCCUGCUACGCCAGUCAUGAUUAUCAACUUCAUGCUUACAUGGUAUAGUAUUGGAGUACAUGCCACUAUCUCUUUGUCUC